UUUAAUUCUGGAUUACAAUAUAGUGGUAUAAACUCAGCUCGUAGUGCGUUAGCAUCUUUUUUAACUAUUAACAAUAAGCCUGUAGAUUCGAAUCCAAUUGUCAUUCGAUUUCUUAAAGGUGUAUUCAACAUUAGACCAGCUUUACCGAGAAAUAAUCUCUCAUGGGAUAUUAAUUUUGUGCUUUCAUAUUUAAAAAUGCUAUCACCUGUGAAGAAAAUAUCGUUGAAACUGUUAACUUUUAAGUUAGUUAUGUUAUUUGCAUUAUUGUCAGGAAGUCGUAUUCAGACUUUACAGUGUUUGGAUAUAAGGAAUAUC